GAACAAAACACGAUAAUUGAAUUUGAAAACAGGCGGCACUGUUGCGAGAAGAAAAGUAAAGAAAAGGAAAGAUGACUUCGGACAAUGAAAUAGACAUUAAAGAGGCGUUUCAGCGCGCUCAGAAGGGCCACAAUAACAAGGCGAAGCUGGUGGCAAGCCUGAAGAGUCGCUACAGCAAGCUAGAGGACAAGACACUGUUCCAUGAGGAGUUUGUCCACUACCUGAAGUACGCCAUGAUUGUCUACAAGCGUGAACCUUCAGUCGAAAACGUCAUUGAGUUUGUCGCCAGGUUCGCCACGAGUUUCCAGUCUCCACCUAAAACAGAGGAGGAGGAGGAGGAGCAGCAGCAGCAGGAGGAGAAUCAGGAGGAAGAAGACGAAGAUGAGGAUGAUCAUCCAUUUCUAAGUUUCAUCUUCAACUUCCUGUUGGAGUCUCACAAAGCCAGUAGCCAUGCGGUGCGUUUCCGUGUGUGCCAGCUGAUCAACAAGUUGCUGGGCAGUAUGGCAGAGAAUGCCCAGAUAGACGACGACCUCUUUGAUCACAUCCACCAAGCCAUGCUGGUCCGUGUUACCGACAAGUUCCCCAAUGUGAGGAUUCAGGCUGCUUUGGCCAUGACGCGCCUGCAACAGCCAAAAGAUCCUGACUGUCCAACUAUCAACGCCUACAUGUUAAUUCUGGAAAAUGAUACUAAUCCUGAGGUGCGACGAGCCGUUCUUUCCUGCAUUGCAAUGUCCCCCCGCACCCUCCCCAAAGUACUCAAACGCACCCGGGACAUCAAAGAGAACGUCCGCAAGCUAGCUUACCAGGUUCUGGCUGACAAGGUUCAUAUAAAAGCUUUGACCAUCGCACAGAGAGUUAGUAUACUGCAGCAGGGUCUCCAUGAUUCCUCAGAGGCGGUGAGGGAGGUGGUUUGCUGCCGUCUGCUGCCGGCCUGGCUGCUCCGCCUGGACGGUAACAUCAUAGAGCUGCUCCACAGGCUGGAUGUAGAGAACUGUGCCCAAACUGCUCUGGACACACUGAAAGCCAUCUUCAAAGGCACACCCACUGAAGAACUGCUGCAGAACAGAGCUCAGCUCGACAACAGGAAGCUGAUCCCAGUGGACUCUCUGACCUGUGAGAAUGUGCUUUACUGGAGAGCUCUGUGUGAGUUCAUCAAGACUAAAGGGGACGAUGGUGACGAAAUUCUAGAGCAAGUGUUACCAGACGCUGCCACUUAUGCAGACUACCUCUAUGGCUAUCUGAAGGCAGUGCCGGUGCUGUCAGAGGAACAGAGGGCUGACUUUAACCAGCUGGAGCUGGUCAUGACCAAGGAGUUCAUCUCCCAACAGCUCAUCCAACUCAUCGGAUGUCUGGACACCAACGAGGAGGGCGGCAGGAAGCGUGUUUUGGCCAUCCUGCAGGAGAUGUUGGCUCUUCCACAGACUCCCUCCUCCCUGGUCUCUCUCCUCACUGAGAAACUCCUCACCCUCAUUCCUGAUGACCACAGACGCAUUCAGACUGUGGCAGAAAUAAUCUCGGAUGUGAGGGAGCCCAUCAUGGAGGCCAGUCAGCCAGUGGAUGAGAAUGAGAGCCGUCGGCAGCAGGUCCAGCUAGCAGAGGUGAAGGUGCGUAUCUUGGAGGCUAAAGAAACCCUGGAGGACUGUAUCACUGCCCAGGAGUUCAGCCGCGCUGCAGAGCUGAAGGACUCCAUCACAGAGCUCGAGAACCGCAGGAACUGCAUCAUCCAGGAAAUCGCAGAGAGCAGCCAACCGGCCGACAAGGAGACCCGCACUGAGAAGAAUGACCCGGAGACUCUUCUGAGGUGUCUAACGAUGUGUGCAGAACUGCUGAAGCAGAUGAGCAUCAAGACGCGAAUUGGUCCAACCAUAAGUGCCUUAAUGUCCUCACUGAUCCUGCCCAGUAUAGCAAAUGCUCACCCUGCCGUCCGUAAUAUGGCCGUGGUGUGUCUGGGAACAUGCACUCUGCACAGCAAGGAGCUGGCCAAAACUCACAUGGUCCUGCUGCUACAGAUUGCCCAGCUGGAUGAGGUAAAGAUCCGUAUCAGUGCCCUGCGGGCCGUUAUCGAUCUGCUGCUGCUGUUUGGCUUCCAGCUGCUCUCUGAAGCAGGUGCGACUCAGCCCCUCUCCCAGUCACCAGACAGACACGAGGAGGACGCACCAGUGACUGAGGAGAAGGGAAAUACUCCAGAGGACACUGCACAGAGCAUACUUGUGAUGCUUUCAGAGUUCCUGGACAGUGAGGUGUCUGACCUGCGUACAGAGACGGCGGAGGGCUUGGCCAAAUUAAUGUACACCGGUCGUAUCUCCAGUGCCAAGAUGCUCUCCCGUUUAGUGCUGCUGUGGUACAAUCCCGUCACUGAGGACGACACCCGACUAAGGCACUGCCUCGGUGUCUUCUUCCAGCUCUACGCCCGCGAGAGCAGGGCCCAUCAGGAGGUCGUGGAGGAGAGUUUCCUGCCGACUGUUCGGACUCUGAUGAACGCCCCAGCCACCUCUCCACUCGCUGAGGUGGACGUCAACAAUGUGGUUGAGCUGCUCGUGGAGCUGACCCGUCCGAGUGCACUUAUUAAGCCAUCAGCUAACACAGAGGAGGUGUGUGUCCAUGACUACUUGGCGGUGCGUACUUGUGGAGAGAUGCUGAAGGACCCCACGGCCCCUGAGGUGCGUCUCUAUGCCAAGACUCUAAGCAACCUGGAGCUCAGCAGAGAUGAGACCGUCAGGAAAGACCUGCAGACACUGUUGCAGCAGCUUGUACAGGUGGUGAAGGAUCGUGUCUGUCUCCGUGCUCUGGAGAAAAUGAUUUUUCAGCUGGUGGACUCAAAAGAACAGGCCGAGCUUCUCAGUGCCAGCGCCCUGCAACCACUGGAUGUCAAUGCAGAUGAGGCUGCAACAGAUGAUCCAUCAAAAUCUGCCAAGAGAGCCAAAAGAGGUCAGAGGAGAGUCUGCACAGCCAAAGGGGGAAAAAAGCCGAGCAGGAGGGCAGAGUCAUCGGAGGAGAGUGAUGGAGAAAAUGUGCCAGAGUCCGUUCCUGUGGUGCGUCCCUCGCGGAGGGCCAAGACUGCAGCUCUAGAGAAAACGAAGCUGGACCUCAACACCCUCAUCAACCAGGAGGCCAAUGUGUCGUAGAAGUCAGGUUAUAAGCAGUUAAUGCAAAAAUGGACAUUAAAAUUGGUUAUUCUAUAACGUGUUCAACUGCUCCAAUAUAAUUCGCAAAUACUUUUAAUGUGGAACUCUUUACUUUUCUUUUAACAUGUAGUAAAAUUUACACCAGUAAAUGUGACUGAACCUGGUACAUCUGAGCCCUUACAAUGGGGUCCCCUCUUUCUAUGUAGUUAUAUUUACCCGUUUCUGUUUUGUCGGUUUCCCAGUUUCAAGUUUUAUCAUUUUAACUAUUAAAAGUGGAAUAUGCCACA